AUUCAUUACGGGUGAAUAACUGUCAGUCAGUGGCAACACUGGCCCCAGCCUUGUAAUAUGGCCGCUGCAGGCAAGAAAUCAAAGAAAGCAAAAUGGAUCAAAGCAAGCAUCACAGACAUUAUAGCAGAGCCGACGACUAUUCCCACGAUAAACAACUGGGCGGAUUCCGUAGAUGAAGAACCUUCGGAAUCGUUCGGGUUCGCGUCGCGGCCGCGCGCGCCCGUGGUGCUGCCGUCGGCGUCGCGCGCGGCACGCGGCGGGCUGGCCGUGGACGACGACUCCAUCCCGCGCCGCCCGCCCUUCAUCGCACACAUCUCCAACCUGCCCUACGAUGUCGAUGAAACGGCCAUCACAGAGCUCUUUGAUGGACUUAAGAUUACCAACUUGAGAUUGCCUAGAGAAGGUGAUCGCCUCAAAGGAUAUGGAUAUGUUGACUUUGAAGACAGGGAGAGUCUUAUCAAUGCCAUGAACAUGCCAGACUUGACAAUAGGCGGCAGACGGAUAAGAAUAGACGUGGCUACUCAGGACAACGACCGGCGCAUGGGCCGCGGGGGGCGCUCCGACCGAGACAGGGAAUAUGACCCGGAGCGCACGAUGGGCGACUGGCGCUCGGGCCCGCGCACGGCGCCCGAGCCUCAGGCGCGCGCUGCGCCUCGCGACCGCGACAUCACACGCGACCGCGACAACAACCGGGACCAGGAGAGAGACUCGAGUGCCGACAACCGUCCGGGCGGGUGGCGGGACGGGGAGCGCGCGGCGCCGCCGGAGCCCGCGCGGGCGCCCUACGCCGGCCGGGACUCCUUCGGCCGCGACCGCGACCGCGACGAUCGUAGCAGAGGUUUCGGUCGCGACGGCGACCGCGAGAGGAGUGGUUAUGGCGGUCGGGACGGAUUCCGCACAGCUGAACGCGAAGGCGGUGGCGGAUUUAGCCGGGAAGGCAGAGGAUUCGGGUCGCGGGGCUUCGGCGACCGUGACCGCGAUAGAGAUCGUGAUCCUCCACCCAGAGAAGACGCAAAACCCCGCGAACGGCCAAAGCUGAACCUGCUGCCGCGCACAGUGCCGCGGGAGACGGAGACGCCGCUGCGGCCGGCGGACGGCGCCGCGCCGGACGAGCGCCCGCCGCCCAAGCCCGUGCCCGCCGAGAAGGUGUUCGGAGCCGCCAAGCCCGUCGACACCGCCGCCAAGGAGCGUGAGAUUGAAGAGCGCCUUAGGAAGCAGGAAGAAGAGGCCAGGCGCGGUACUGAAGAAAAGGAACGUUGGGGUCGCAGGAAUGAUCACUCUGGCGACCGUCGUGGGCCACCACGAGACGCGAGACGUGACGAUCGCGGGCGAGACUCGCGCAGCUACAACAGAGACCGACGCGACUAUUCCAAAGACGACAAGGAGAGGCGCGAUUACCGGGACGAGCGGGACCGGCGCGACUACUCCAAGGACGACCGCCGCGACUUCCGGGACAGCCGGGACCAGCGGGAUAACCGAGAUCAGCGGGACAGCCGGGACCAGCGGGAAAGCCGGGACCAGCGGGACAACCGGGAUCAGCGGGACAGCCGGGACGAUCGGGACAGCCGCCGCGACUCCGGCGACAGGGGGGGCUCGCGCAGGGACUCCCUCGACAGACGCGACUCUCGCGAGAGGCGGGACUCCCGCGACAGAGAGCACAGCCAAGUGGGCGGCGAGCGGCGGGCGCGGUCGCGGGACCGCGACACCUCGCAGGAGAGGAACGGCCGCGCGCGCCUCAGUCGCUCCCGGGACCGGGACUCUGAGGACAAACCCUUGCCCAAGCUGAAGGAACAGGAGAAACCGAACUUCGUAGCGUCAAAUAAAUUUAGCUUCCUGGAGGACGCAGACGACGGCGGCUCCGACUAACACGUGCGAAGCCUCUGUGUGCGCUGAAUAUAACUGACUCGUGUGUAAAGUGUAAAUUAACGAGUGUCAAGUGUCGCGACUCGCCGAGCACUACUGGGACGAUCGUGCGUUGUGCUAUGUAAUAGGACUCGAUUAGUAUAGUGCGGUGUGGAUAUAAGUGUAUAUUAGGGUCGCUAUAUGCUCGCGCAGCUUCGACGGCUGCCCCAGCCUUUGGUGCCGCUUCCAACAUACAAUACAGUUUUAUGAUGAUAAUUAAUCCGUUUUAACUCCAUAGAAUGUCGAAGCAACAGCAAAGGCUGGGGCUUGCGAUUGUGACCAUAUUGUACUGAUUGGUGUAAAUUUUUCUAUAGUUUGUUACAUACUAGUGUUGUAUGGACAUUUGCAACAGGCAACAGUGACAUGCAAUUUCCAACUGGUUUUUGGUACAGGUGCCUAUUUUAUUUUUUUGUGAAUAUUUCAUUAUUCUAUUAUUCUUUACUUUUACUACCAACACUGAAUCUUAUUUCUUUAUUUUAGAAUUUAUAUGUUAAAUAUAUAGUUGAUUUAGAUUUAUUAUUAGAAUGUUAAUUGUAUUACAUAUUUCAUAUUUACACUGGAAAUUGUUAAAGUACGUAUGAGGCGCCGCAACUAGUUUACUUGCAAGUAUACCUACUCGCGCGGCACGCUGCCUGCAUCGUAUUUAUAUCAAUUGAUGAUAAAAUCCAACACUAUCUUUAGUUAUCCGGUGAAAUCUGGUCACAAGGACUAAUGAGGAUGAAAAUUACUAAACAGCAAAACAUCAAUUUGCUCUGUCGAAAUUAUCUGUUUGGUGAACUACAUUCUAAUAUUGUGAAUUAUAAAUAAAUACCCUUUUUACAACAAG